AUGGGCGACGAGUACGCGCGCUCGCCGUGCGAGCGGUUCCCGACGGCGGGCGCGUUCAGCGUGGCGCCGCCGGAGCGGCUCAGCCCGCCGCCGCCCGCGCCGUUGCCGGACCGCUUCUCGGCGUCGCCGCGGCGGGUGCGCCGCAGCGCGGAGGCGGAGCGCGCGCGGCUGCCGCGCUACGUGCCGCCGGCGGCGCACGUGCCCGUGGAGCGCUACGUGCCGCGGCCGCCGGGCCCGCUGCGCCCGCCGCCGCCCGUCUACUGCGGCCUGGCGUGCCGGCCGCCGGCGCCGCGCAAGUGUUGUGGGCCCGCGUGCAGAGAGGACCUUGUCGGCUCGCCGCCACCCUCGCGCUACGUGGAGUACGUGGGCGCGGCGGCCGCCCGUCGCCUGGCGUGCACGCCACCGCCGCCGCCGCCGCCCGCGCUGCAGCUGCCCUGCGAGCCGCAGGAGCCGCCGUGCUGCGUGCAGGCCCGACGCCGCACACAGCCGCCGCAUGAUUGG